CUCUUCUAUUUACUCCAUGGAUGGUCCAUUUCUAACCUGAAAAAAUUAUGUAAAGUUUAUUUAUUUUAAAUUGAAACAUGAAUUGAAGUAGUAGGAGUAAGUUAUAAUGUCAGUAUUGCAGUAAAGGCUUUGAAUUGUGUCCGGAUAUCUAUUAAAAUGUACAAAAUAAACAGAACACUCACUGCAACAUCGUCCCUACUGUUACCACUUUCAAGAAGAUAUUAUGCUACUAUACUAGGUAUUGAAACAUCCUGUGAUGAUACUGGAUGCGCUAUAGUCAAUGGUCAUGGCCAAAUUUUAGGUGAAGCGUUACAUUCCCAAACUUUAGUCCAUCUCAGGAAUGGUGGCAUAAAUCCAAUAAUAGCAAGGGAUCUACACAGGGACAGCAUUGAUUCCAUUGUUGGUGAAGCAUUGGCCAAGUCCCAGUGUGAUAUCAGUAACAUUGAUGGUGUGGCAGUCACAGUUAAACCAGGCCUCCUUGCUAGCUUACAAAUAGGUGUAAAAUAUGCUAAAUAUUUUUCAAGAAAAUACCAAAAGCCUAUUAUUCCCAUUCAUCACAUGGAAGCUCAUGCUUUAGUGGCGCGAAUGUAUGAAGAUAUUCAAUUUCCUUUCUUAGUGUUAUUAAUAUCUGGAGGUCAUUGUCUACUGGCUGUUGCUAAAGAUGUGGAAGAUUUCCUGUUGCUAGGCCAGUCACUGGAUGAUGCCCCCGGGGAGGCCUUUGACAAAGUAGCCAGAAGAAUGAAGUUAAGAAAUAUUCCAGAAUAUUCACAUCUAGCUGGUGGCAGAGCUAUAGAAUUGGCUGCCAGAAAAGCAAAAGAUACACAUUCUUUUCAACUUCCACCACCUUUAGUGAGAAGCAGAGACUGCAAUUUCAGUUUCAGUGGUCUGAAAGCUUCCGUUGGACGCACUAUACAGAACUUGGAGGCUCGGCAUGGAGUAGUGGGGGCGCAGGUGAUCCCUCAAGUGCAUGAGUUGUGUGCCUCGUUCCAGCUGGCCGUCACUGAACACUUGAUGCACCGGACAGAGAGGGCUAUGGAAUUUUGUAUCAAGAAGGAACUAAUUCCACCAGAUAGAAAAAACCUUGUUAUAUCUGGAGGAGUAGCAUGCAAUGAUUUCAUAUUUGAAUCAUUGAAGGCUCUUGGUAACAAAACUCAGUUCAAUGUGUACCGGCCACCACCUCCCGUCUGCACAGACAAUGGCAUCAUGAUAGCAUGGAAUGGUGUUGAAAAAUUAAGGAAAGGAUUGGAGUUCACACCAAACUUUGAUUUGAAAGACAUAGAACCACAAUGCCCUUUAGGGGUCAACAUCUCCAAUCAAGUUCUAGAUGCUAAUUUAUGUGUAAGUGUGACAAGAUUAAAAUCACUGUAAAUAGUU